CAUGCUUCUGACCGACCGCCGCAGCUCUAAUAGUGACUAUGGCUCGUGGUUUCACGAAACGUCGCCAAGGACAUUUCGACGCCUUGGAGCUGUGAGCCUAACUGCUAAUGCAGUUUCAACUGCAAAUCCUCUAACUAGCGAUCCAGUAGGAGAGAAUUGGACUAAUGAGAAACAUAGAAAUAAGUUUGAAACAUUCUUUAAUAAGGUUUCUAUUGGUGGAAGGGCGACAACGCCUUCUCUAGAAAAAUUGAAUAAAUUUAGCGCCUUAAAAUUGCAAAAGAUCGAAAGACAGCCCACCCCACCGCCACCUUCAUCCACUCCGGACCAAGAAAGCUCUGCUAAUAGUGUUGUCUCCUCUUUACCUCCAACGAAAGCCGGUGAUUUACUACAGAGGAUGCAAAAGAUGGUCUACGAUGUACCUUUGCAACCGCGAUAUAAUUCAUUUGUUAGAUCUUGUACAAUGCCUGUAGAUGAUACUCCUGAUAGACCAUGGAUUAAUAAGAAAACAGAGGAACAUACUCAGACACCUAAAAUUCCAGCUAUGACAUUUACUAAACCAACCGUCAAUAACUUGACACUCAUUCCGUCAGCGAAUGAAACAUCAUCAGAAACAUCGUCUUUAUGUGGUGGAAAGUCUAUUUUGAAGAAUGCUCGAAGAGAUGCAAGACAAAUUAGAGCUUUACAUAAGCUUGCAGAAUACGGGCAGGCAAAUAUCUUGCCUCCCCUCCCUCAGUCUUCCCCGUGGCAACGAUCAAAGAAGAGAAAGAAAGUUACCUUUAAUUUGUGA